AUGUUGAAUCUUCAAAGACAGAUGGGGAAAUUUUUCGACGCAAAGGUACUAAUAUGGAAAAAUGACGCUGAGAAAAAACUUACAGCUUUACGCUUUCUGGAGGAUCUCAGUUGUAACCAGCUUGCUCGUGAUGAUGAUGACAUAAAUGUAGAAAAAGAGAUUAAUCUCGACGUUGAAGCAGUACAACAGUACAAGUACUUCAGUACGGAUGCGCACAAACGUUGCGUUGAGAUAAUGGAUGAAACGAAGCGACAGUUAGGAGAGUCUCUUAAUACAGAUGAUGUCCUUUUCUCAGCCAUUCAAAAUUUAAAGGGAUAUAACAUACCUUAUUACAAGUAA